CAACAUCGGUUCACACAUCGGUUCACCCAAGACACCCACCCAUUCUCGCAGCAUGUGGUGAUUGCUUGCAUAUUGUGUAAACUGAGCUGAUCUUGCCCCCUUUUUCUUUCUGUCUGACCAAGCUACCUACAUGCAGCAGCCUCCGCAGCAGCAAGUAUGAUGGUGGCGUGGCAUUGUCUCUCAUUCACAACGACAUAUUCCUCCUCUCACAAACGCUGUUCCUGGUGAUAAAAGUUGAGAGUUGGUGUGCGCACACUAGACAGGUCUGUAAGAGGCGCUUACGGAGACCCGCUCCUCCCAACAAGGUUUGAAUCCCUCACACAACAUUGCUAAAGGUGUUUCGCAGUCAUGUUGGCACCCGGCUGAAGGUCCGAAGGCCGGAAGAGACGUUGUUCUUCGUUUAUGCUCCUCGGCAUGAGGGCCGAGGAGGGAAAAAAAAAGAGUGGUACUUUGUCCGGACCACCGUAUGUGGUGCAAUGGAAGCGAAGCAUCCAAGAGGGAGAGAAGGCCAGAAAGAAAAAAAAAAUACCUCAGUAGUUAUGGAGAACAGAGAGAUAUGUCUGUCAGAUUUGACUGAUACCCAAAAUUAAUCCUUCCCAGCUUCCAUUGGUGUUGGUUUGUUGUUAACAUCCUGCUAUUAUGGAUAUUAGCUUCACCGAACCCGGUCUAUGACUGGUUGGACUGAUGGGUAAAUACUCAAGUUUAUUUGUUCCCUUCCUCUGUUAUUUUUUUCAAGCUGUUUCCAUCCCACACCACUUGGGAGCAAGCCCCUCCUCCUGAUGCUUCUAUUUUGGCCGCCGUUUGCAAGGCGCAACCAAGUGGCACUGGUGCUUCCUGGCUGGCAAACCCCCAGAAAUUCUAGAAAAAAAUAAUAAGCCUCCGUUUCAAUUCACUAGGAAGCUGGGGAAAAACCAGGACUAGGACGCUACGGUUAACCGGUGGUGUUACCCACACGAGUGAGUGAGCGAUUCUGGAUACCCGCAUCCACUUCAUCCAGAGUCUGGCCCGCCCUUGUCUUCUGUCUGUCUGCUCUGCGACUUGGCCCAUUUACGACCCAAUUCUUUUUUUUUCUAUCUUGAGCAAGCCACCCCCUCCUGUUCUCGUCCUCCUUUACUUUUUACAUCGCUUUAUUUCCUCAGGUGCAUUUGCAAUGCCCGAGCCUGGUCUCUCUUGAUUUUCUUCUUCACAAGCCACCGGCUGUCUAAGCGACAUCAUUGUUGGUUGUUGGGCACACAGCAGGUAUAAACCAACCCUUACGACUUACGAGCAUUUCUUUUCGCUUUCUCUUUCUUCUCUGAUUGCCAGGCCAACGACGAGAGAACAUACCUGGUACUUCCUUGGAGACGGGCCGAGCAUGCUUUAUGGCCGGGUCGUUGCUGCCAUCACCCUUCAGACGACAAGAUCCCACGGCGAAUAAUUCAGAGAAAAUAUUCUCGACGACGACAACAAAAUGGCAGAAUCGACAGGCUCGCCAGAGCUAAACGGCUGUCUGGUGGCAUUGGAAGGUCCAGCAAGGCUGGUAGCAACCCAGCUGCGCCUUCUGCCCACCUCACCUCGCAUCCUCAUCCUUCCCGCCCUCCAACACUACCUUGGCAACAUCAACAAAGACGACUACCCUGACGCCACCCAGCUCAUCCACAGGGUCCAUGUCGCCGCCCAAAAACGACAUGCCGAAGCCCAAGAGUUCCUGCAGCAAUCCACACCCGAGGAAGGGCGCCUCGUGUUCACACACGGGGGCACAGUCGGAGCCCACGCGCUAUGUCUCUCGGCGAUCAGCAAGCAACAAACCAGCGGCAACGUCGAGGAGGCAGAUCUGGUGUUUUGCCAACUGGCUAGCAAAGGUGCUGCUCACCUUGCUAGGGAAGCCUCACGCCGUUGCGCCAAGAACCACGGUCCUUCGGUAGCGGCCUUGGAGAAAGCCAAGGUUGUUGCUGCUAGCCCGAGAUCUGCUGGUCUAGUGCCGCGACCGUUGCGUCUCAGGAAUGCCAUGCCAUCGUUGCCAAAGGAGACUGUGCUUGUCCAGCAGAAAGAACGCCACAGCCCGUUUGAGGACCCUGUGAUCAGGGCGAUGAGGGCGGCGGAUUUGCUGGAUAGGGAAACGGCUUUUUUGCAGCCGGCGGGUGGUAUCAAUGAGGUUGAUAUGACGGUCAGGAUUGUGGAGAUCAGGAAGAGGAAGGUUGUGAGGAGGAGCAUGAGCUUGUCGGUGGUGGACUCUGUCGCGGGAAGUGUAGUGCUGGGGGGAUCUAAGGGGUCGUCGUCGUCAGCGGCUUCGAGUGACGGGCGCGAUAACAAGAACGGGCUUAUUACAUCGCCUUGCUCAUCUUCUUGCGGAAAGACAUUGCCAUCAAGCACCCGACGAACGCCUCUGAGGAUUGAGAUUCCGUCGCCUCUUAUUAGGUGGACUGGAAUCAGGGAGGAGCCGCCGCCCCCCCUUGCUGAGGGGGACCAAUCCGACCCGUCGUUUUCUUCUCGAGGGUGUCGUGUUGAAAAUGAGAGGCCACGGUCGGCUGAUGACAAGCUGACGUUUGAAAAUAACUUGACGAGCCUUGGGAGGCAUUUGGGGGUGGACCGCGAUGAUGACAACAUGGGAGGUUACCACCGCUUGGGCGUGUUUGAGCAGUGGGGCCGAGGUCACAACGCCAAUCUCACCACCGAGCCACCACCGUCCGAUCACGAGAGCACCGCCGCCGCCGCGACCGAGACCGACAAAACAUUUGAACCGGUGCUGCCGCUGAGGGAGGAUUUGGUAAUCCAUCUUUCUACACCCCAAUCGGACGAAUCGCUGGAUUUCGUAUUUCAGGGCUUUCAGAGAGGCGAUUAUACGGAUAGGAUGCCGGUUCGGACCACCGCCGCCCUUGACUCGGGGGUUUUGGAGAAGGGGUAUGAUAAUACGAGGAGGAUUCUGGAGAGUUUGAGCCCGGGGGCUUUUGCGGAGGCGGCGGGUGAUGGGAGGAAGCAGAGUUGGGCUAAUGGUGGGUUGGUUCACGGGUUGCCGACGCCGGGGCAUUCGCCGACACCUUCGGAGGCGAGGCCGGUGAGUGCGGUUGAGGGCGGUCAGCGGUUUUGGAGUUUGCCGGUUGGGGAGGAGACGUCAGUUGUGACGCAGAAUUCGCUGAGGUCGAUUCUUACUUCACAGUGCGCGCAGACGCGGACGGGGCGGCGGCGGCCGAGGUCGUCGGGGGAUGGGUCGGUGACGGAUAGCAUUUGGGACGAGCUUUCUGUGGUGAGCCGGUAUGUGAGGAAGGGCAAGGUUGACAUGAUGUUGGGAGUUGGUGGCGAGGUUGGGGUGAGCAAGGCUCGACUUGAUGAGGUGGUUCAACUACUUGAGAAGCUCGGUUGCAAAGAUGGUGUUUCUAGGACUGGGCGCGUGAGCCUGAGAGACCUCAUCGGCGCCGCAAUGCAAGCCUACACCGCCCAACCACUCUCCAAGCAAACCCAAGCAAACCCCUUUUCAGACCGAGCAGUCCUCGCGGCCUUGAUAAUCCCCUACAUCGAACGCUACCUCUGCUCCCGCCCUCAAGUCCGGUUCCUCCUCAUCGAAUACCCCUCCGAACACCUCGAAACCAUCCUCGCAGUCCAAAAACUCAUGGGGAACGAAAUCAUGAGAAUAGCCGGCGUCAUCAACGGGGACGCCUCGGCGCUCAACCGACCCUUCUCCCCACCACCCAGCAUUGAAGUCUACAAAUCCUCCACUGCGCCCAUGUCACAAGAGGACUUUGGGAGCAUACUCGAAGCACUGCUCGGCUCCCCGUCAUUCACCCAGGCGGAUUACAUCCUCCCUUCUGUAGCCAGCGAGGCGGACACGGCCACGUUUCUUGCGUCGGUGCAGAAGCAGCUGGUGUCGGUGUCGGAUUUUUACACGCCACCCAAAACGCCGAUCAGCGAGGUUGCGAGACCGAGGGAAGGGACGGGGACAAGGAAGCAGGUUUAUCCGGCGUUGAUCAUCAAGGCGGCAAGGACGCAGACGACGGAGGAGUAUCAGCAGCAGGGGGAAAAGGUGAGGCAUCAUUCUAUUGCCAGCUCGGGGUUGGACACGCCGCCUGCGUCGCCGGCGGAAUCGUUUUGCCCUAGUGGGUUGCGGCCGCCAGUUUUUAGGGAUUCGGCGGCGCUGUCGCGGGGGGCGAUGUCGCCGAGGGAUAUGACGCCCGGGUCGGGAAUUGUGACUCCCACGCCGAGGAACAUGACGCCGAUCUCGAGAAAUGUGACGCCUGUGACGAUACAGAGCCCGCAUCCGUUGACGGCGCAGAAGCAGAUGGAGCGGGGUGGUGGGUGGGGGAGGCCGAGGGGGCAGGCGGUUCAUCUUGGGGGGCAGGGCUCAACAGGUAGGCCGUAUGGGUUUUCUACGGGGACGGCGUCUUCCCAGGGUUUGAGCCAUAAUGGUGGGAAUAACAACCGGUUGAGACAGGUGGCUACGCUGAGUCACCUGCCGGUUACGUCGUCGUAUGAUGAGGAGGAUUACGGGGAGUUGGAUGAGGAGGAGAGGAGGUUGAUGCCUAUGUAUGGGAGGCGGAGGGGGAGUGGUGGUGGGGGGGAUGGGAAGAAGGCGCUGAAGUGGUUGGGGUUGGCUUAAUUUUUUAUUUUAUUUUUUGUUUCUGGGUAAGGGUAGGAAGGGGGGAAUGCAUAGCGACUGGGUUUCUUUUGUGUUUUUUUUUUCGGGCGUUAUUUGGUUAAAGGUCAUCGGAUGGGUAGAUGGUCGUUGGGCUUGGGAAGGGAAAGGGGUGAUACCACGAGCUUUUUUCUUUUUGACUUUUUAGAUUGGGAGGUGUGAGGGUUCCGACAGGACUGGAUUGGACACAUCACAGAGGAGGUGAUGAGAUGCGAGUUGGACAGCUGGAUCUGGGUGGCCUGUAGAGGGUACUACUGUAUUGCAUACUACUAAUAGAGAAGGAGAAGGUGGUGAAGGGUAACUUUCAUCCAAAAUUACAAUGGUUGUUUUGUCCCUUGUUUUUCAUGUUCAACAUGGGUUUUUCUGUUUCAUAGGGUUAAACCUAGACAUAUCUGCCACUGAUGAACCUGUUGAGCUUUGAGACGCCAGAUAUCAAGAAAAUAUAUAUUUAGAAC